AUGCGUUUUGGCAAGAGUUUUGCCGAUACGUUGGAGAACUCCCAGUUCCCUCCAGAAUGGAAGGAGGGCGCUAUCAAAUACAAUCGGUUGAAAAAAAUGAUUAACAGUGUGGUCAACGAGCUGAAUUCGUACGGACUGUCUCAUGACAUUGUUGAUGACCUUCUCAAUCCCCACAAUCGUACCACGGUGCAAAUUGGCGGCGCCACACCUGGCGGGCAGCGCUCGACUCCCGGCUCUAUUUUACAGUUGAAUUCGACAACUUCCUCGCCUGAAUCCCCCAAUAGCGCCCGGAAGUCGCCUGCAUCCACCUGGAUCUCCUCAUUGCCUAUUAGUGAGAGCUCCAAGACGCGCUCGCCACGUCGGGUGAGCACGGCUGGUCUUGCCGUACAGCCGAGUGAUGUGUCGCCUAAUACAUUUGUCCUUUUGCCCAAAGAGAAGUCUGGCUCCAGAAGUGCCUCUGUGAGCCGCUCACAAUCUGUGAGUGGUAUGCACUAUUCACCAGCCAAGACGAUGAACUCCGCCAUGAAUUUGCCGCCCCUCGCAUUACCAGCGGGUUCACUUCAGGCGCAUGAUCUUCCUUUGCCACCCAAUGCUGCGAAGCAUCCUAAUCAAACAAACAGUCCCCAUGAUUGGAAUGCUUCGCAUUGGAUGGAGAAAAAGGUGCCUGCUUUAUUGCCAGAGGAUUUAUCGGAAGACAACAAUAUUCAAGGUCGAAGUGGUGUGGCCAAUAUGAAUAAGCACCAUUGGGUUGAAAGCAAGUCAGGCAGACGUGCAUGGGGAGAGUACCAGCUUUACAGUGACGCAUUGGAGUUCCAUCCAAACAUUGUGCUUCACAUGGAACUGCCUGAUUCGGAAGAGCCGUUUGAUGUAUCCUUCAAGAGCAUGAGGAACUCCACGAGCCCUCAUACCACGCCGCUAACCACGCCUCGUUUUGCUAAUGCACGAAACAGCUAUUCACACACACUAGCCAAGCAAGUGCAAGAUCUUAAUCUCGGUCCUGCAGCGCAGGAGGUUCCCUCUACAUUGCUGAAUGGCGCGGAGAUUCCGAGUCAGGAAGAGACGGACAAACCUGGCUAUCAUCGGUACCGUGUCGUCCUGCCCUUGGCUGCAGAUGAACGCUUUUUUAACGCUCUUAUUGAGUCAAUUCGUACUCUGCUGAAGUUGCAUAUGAUCCAACAAGCGACAUUGAUCAACCAAGUCAAGUCUCUAUGCGAUGUGAUCUCUCAAGUGGCGAGUCCAGUGAAUGCACCCAAAGAUAUGUACGAAUGGCGUGAGAUUUUCUCUUUGUGGCUCGAACAUGACAUCUUUGAAAGCUCACGUGAAAAAGAUCGUGGUGAGCUCAGUGUGGCUGCCACAGAAAAUCGUUUUCACAAGUACAUGGAGCAGCUGGAAAAGCGUGGAUUUAUCUCGCCGCAUGAAACAAGGACUGUUCAUGGCAAUUGGGUCACGAGCCAAAUUGACUCUUGGAAUUUGGAAUCCUAUACCCCUAACAGUCGUUUGUCAGACUCGCGCAGUGUCGGAGCCUUGGAUUACUUUUUGCGACUCAACAUGGCCCUGGUACUGUUGAAACGAUAUCAGCGUUUUAAUAUUGAAACAAUAAGGAAGAUUUUGAAGAAGCAUAUGAAGAAGACCGCUUUGCAUGCAAAUUCGAGUAUUAGUCGCAUGGCCAUGUCUUCGCAUGCGCACCAGCUUGUGCUAGCUGCUUCGGAGGAUGCACCCAUUCCAGAAAUCGACUGGAACCAUGCAUCGAGUGCGGAUAUCCUGAAAUCUCUGACUGCACUGGCGCCUAUGAAUAGCCAAUCGACUAUGCAGCUUUCGCUGCCACGAAUUUUGGCAUCGAUGAUGACCAAGGACCUUCUUCCUAUUCUGCCUCGGGUCGAGGAUUACAGCUGUAUGGUUUGCACAUCCAUUGCAUGGCAUCCCAUUCGUCUUCGCUGUGACCAUCUCUUUUGUAUCCGUUGUCUAGUGAAGCUUCAAAAACAGGGUGAUAACCACUGCCCUCUGUGUCGCUCCACUGAUGCCGUCAAGGAUGCAGAUGAAAGCAACUAUGAUAAGGAAAUGGCUGACUUUUUACGACUGUGGUUCCCACGCGAGAUUGAGGAAAAGUCACAAGAGAACAAGUCAGAUCGUGUGGUGCAGUCGAAAAAAGAAAAAGCCAUUCGCCGGAAGAACCGCUGGGCUAAACUUACUGGUCGUCGUACUUCAGACGAGGACCAUGACUGCAUUAUUUCCUAA